AUGGCUUCCAUCAAGGGCCCUGGUGCUGCCCAGACUUACGACGGCUCUGGCUUGCGCGUCGCGAUUGUGCAUGCCAGGUGGAAUGCGACAAUCAUUGACCAGCUGGUUGCAGGAGCGAAGAAGAGCCUUCUGGCGGCUGGUGUGACUGAGGAAAACAUCACAGUUCAGACGGUCCCUGGCAGCUACGAAUUGCCUAUUGGCGUCCAGCGACUCUAUGCGGCCUCCCAGGUCCAGGCAAGCUCCACUGGCGAGGGAAUCAGUGCCACGGAUCUGUUGUCGUCCUCGACUACCGACCUGAGCAAGUCGAACACGGCAGCUACUGCUCCGAAAAAGCCCUUCGAUGCCAUCAUUGCCAUCGGUGUUCUGAUCAAAGGUGCUACUAUGCACUUCGAGUACAUUGCCGACGCGGUCAGCCACGGUUUGAUGCGUGUGCAACUGGAUUCGGGUGUACCGGUCAUUUUUGGCCUCUUGACAGUCCUAACGGAGGAACAAGGCUUGGAGCGGGCCGGACUGGGCAAGGGCGGGAUGCACAAUCACGGUGAAGACUGGGGUAGUGCCGCCGUGGAGUUGGGAGUGAAGCGACGAGAGUGGUCGGAAGGAAAGAUUGCCUAA